UGUUGUUGUUGUCCUUUCUGAUUCUCAUCUUAUUAGAAUGGGAAUCUGGUAUCCUUCAAAACUUCCACAAGUCCUUGUUGGCAUGAAUGGUGGUUAAACCUGAGCUUAUCUUCCAGUUGGAGCAAAACUGACGGGGCAGCUGUGCACUUGUAGCUGGAAAGUUUUAGAGGAGGCUUGCUAAGUGCCGCUGCAGCAGUCAUGACUGCUGGCUUCAUGAUUUCAAGAAUAUUGAUGCUUUGCCUAAUAAAGGAAGUGAUUUAUGCCUCUACUUUGCCAGGAGCCAAUACUGGGUACACAGCAUGGCAAAAUGGAGGACAGAAACGGGAAGUACUUGGUUACCGCCGCCCUCUGCAUUAUGUGCGCUCUCUGAGGGAGCCGAAGAAUAAUCUGAUCAACACAAGACAAAACCCUCAAAGGAAUGGUGUGAAUGAUUUGACCCUUGGCCAGACUUUUAGGGAAACUCCACGUCCUCUUUGGCCACAGAGCCUUCCAGUCCAACCUGGACCACAAAGAAACUACCCUUUGGUUCAACCUCGAGGCUUCAGGGUCAGCUUGGAUCUCCCUUUUUAUAAACUCGAUCAAAUGAAAGAAACUGACUCUCCCACCAAAACUCGCCCCAAACUCCAAAGUAAACCAAAUGUUCAACCAAAUGGCCUCAGCAUUUCCGAUUUUCAAAGCCCUGAGAGAGAUUCCAAAAAGGAUCGAAAUGUUGAAAAGAACAUCCAUGGUGUUCCCACUUCAACCUUCCAGGUCAACCUUACCAUUCCCCUUCCAGCUUCAUCUUCAAAUCCAAUAAAAGCCAUUGGCAAGUUUGUUGAAAACAAAAGCCCAGGAAAUAUCUUUCAGAACAGUUAUGGAGAUCUAGGGAAACGGUUGAGUUCCAUUCAUACUGAAGUGAAACCUCUCGCCAUCAGCCAGACAGCAGGUGAACAAAUCAGAAAGCAACUGGGCUCAACAUGGUCUAACUAUCCUGCUACUGGACCCAAGCAAACUCUGCAGCAGCCAGGUGGGUCAACUUACACCCCACCUACUAAUGGCAAACUGACCUCUUCAAGAUGGCAAUUAAUUUCCCCACAAAGAAACUAUAAUCCCACGGCCAGGCAGAGUUUGCCACCCCAAAAACCAGAUUCAACCAAACCGCCAUCUUUGUCUUUUGCUAAGUAUCUUGAACGUUUGGGUCUCAUCAAAGCCCAAACAAGCCACACAAGAGAAGACGUAGCUCAGCCUUAUUCCAAACAAAAGCUAAAUUUGUCUCCUCUGCAAUAUAACAGAGGAUCUCAAGAUAACAAAUAUGUCGGUGUUGGUUCUCAAAGUGUUGGUCUGCCCCAAAACGGUUAUAUUACUUCUGUUCCUGCUAACGUCAAAGAUUUCACAAGUGAUCAAAAAGGUGAAAAGGAACAAGAUUCUGCAGGUCCCUCCCUACAACUAGAGUUUUCUUUCCCAGUUAAAACUUUGUCAAACCUCACUAAAGGUGGUGGGUACUUGACUAUCAGACCUCAAAAUGUUAAGUCUCUUUGGACUCGUUACAUGGAGGCAAAAAAACUACAAUCACCUGAGAGUGAAUUAAAAAAGUCAGUUUUGGGCUUUGAUGAUGCUGGGUACCACAGAAAGACGGGGCUUCCUGAAAGGAAAUGGCCAACCCUAAAUCUUGAACUAGAACCAAAACGGAAGCGGCCACCUCCUUAUGAGCCUGUUGCUGUCAAACCUACAGACAACAAGCCAAGCUUCUCAUCCUGGCUUCCAAGAGAUUCAGAGACUGGAAAGCCACGUUUUCCAGUCCUGGCGAUUUCAAAAUAUCUCAUUGAUGCUACACGACCUUUAAAGGGCAAAUAUCAAACCGUCCGGCCAAAACCACUGCAAUCUGGAAGGCUUCAAAGUUUCUACAGUUCCCUGAAGCCCAGCAUCAACAGCUAUGUGGAAAGUCAGCCUAGACCUUCAGCCAGCCGAUUUGCUUCUACCCAUGAUGAUCCCUUAAAACCAUACAGUCAUCUCCAAACGAAUGCUGAGAUUUAUUCAGGUCCACUUCACGGCCUGCUCGCUUAUGGCAGUUCAUCCUUUAAUUCUCCCAUGUUGGAAGUUGUUCCUGCAAAAAGGCCACAAACGUGGCAGAAACCAAUUUCUUCCCUCUAUCUUCAUGAGUACAACAGUGGAAAAGAACCUUAUGAUACUUUUGAAGAUGUAAUUGGUCUACACAGUAGGCCAAGUGGAUAUAAAGUUCAAAAUAAACUUCCUGAGCAAGACGACCCUGGACAUUUCCAAGAGGGAAAAGAUUACUAUGUGAAACCCUUUGACACUAAUGGAGGUUUUGUCUCUGGGCAGACGUACCAGACUGGGAACUCUGCGGAAACAUCCUUUAAUGUACAACCCCCAUGUGAAUCUUCAUUCUCUAGGCUUGGCCAAGAUGGGUCUUUUUCAGACCUUCGCUACCCUUACCCAAAUGCAGAAUCUCAGCCUUGCAGUCAAGUACCUUGCAUCGACGGUGUAGAUGAAUGUGUUAAUGAACAGAACGCAAAUUUUCCACAAAGGGUUAGUUACUCGCCAAAGGCAGAGGCAACUUCUAUUUCUAUUCCUUACAGUAGUUUUGACCGCAUUUUUACUCAGUCAAGCUACCAGCCUGCUCAAAAUGGCUUUAAGCUCCAGCAAUACCCUGUUGGACACAAACAGUUUUGAUGAUCUAUGAGCUAUGACGAUACACUCGGGUCAGGUCAUGAACAUGUUGAACUUUGGCUUAAAUUGUGCAAUCUGCUCAUUCGUUUUCCUUCUGCGCAUUUAAAUAUUUAAUAAAAUGUCUGCUUCAAAAUGAACUGUUCCAGGUAUCAUCACUAAUUGGUUCCCACCAUCACAUUCUGCUGUGACCCUGGUUCAACAGGAAGUAUUGUUUAAUAGCCCUGUCAACCUAAAGCAGUUGCACUUCAUGGCUCUGGUUUAGUAAAAUGCAUGUGAGAAACCCAAGACUUUUGCUGGCUUAAAAAUAAACCAAAGACUCUCCAAAGAAUGAUGCAGGGAAUGCUGCUUACAUUUCUGAACCUAAAUGUAAAUUGAAUCUCGUGUCUAAUGAUGCCUCUCUUCCAGGCAAUGCAGGUUAACCUGAAGUGCAAGGAACAGGAUCUAAGGUUGCCCUUUGUCAAAUAAAAUGGCAAAACCUA